CAAAAGCAGAGAUAAGCAAGGCUCCAAGGCAGCCUGGACGCGAGGCUGCUGAGAACCUGACACUUUCCAGACCCCAGCCAGCAUGGUGAUCCUGAAUCCAACGACUCUGGGAAUUUACCUUCAGCUUUUCUUCCGCUUUGUGGUGUCUCAGCCUACCUUCAUCAACAGUGUCCUCCCCAUUUCAGCAGGACUGCUCUGUUACUCAGCCUGCUGCUUGGCCCUUCCUGGCCUGGAUCAGAAGAAGCGUGGAAGCCACAAAGCAUGCUGCAUGCUGACGCCCCCUCCACCCCCACUGUUCCCACCGCCAUUCUUCAGAGGGGGGCGGAGUACGCUCCUCUCCCCAGACAUGGAGAACCUCAUCCUGGAACUGGAGACCACGCCGUCCCCGUGCGCGCAAGGAUCGCUCGGCUCCCCUGGGCCUCCUGGCCCCCAGGGUCCACCGGGGCUUCCAGGCAAGACGGGACCAAAAGGAGAAAAGGGGGAGCUUGGCCGACCAGGAAGGAAGGGUAGACCUGGCCCCCCGGGUGUUCCUGGCAUGCCUGGGCCCAUCGGCUGGCCUGGCCCUGAAGGACCCAGGGGAGAAAAAGGUGACCUGGGUCUGAUGGGCUUACCAGGGUCAAGAGGACCAAUGGGCUCCAAGGGCUACCCCGGAUCCAGAGGGGAAAAGGGAUCCAGAGGUGAAAGGGGGGACUUUGGUCCCAAAGGAGAAAAGGGCUUCCCGGGAUUUCCUGGAAUGCUGGGGCAGAAAGGCGAAAUGGGUCCAAAGGGUGAGCCUGGAAUAGCAGGACACCGGGGACCCACAGGAAGACCAGGAAAACGAGGCAAGCAGGGUCAGAAGGGAGAGAGUGGAGUUAUAGGCCCACCAGGCAAGCCUGGGCCUUCUGGUCAACCAGGCCGCCAGGGUCCCCCAGGUCCCCCUGGACCCUCAGGCCCCCCAUCUGCAGGACAACUUGUCAUGGGACCCAAAGGAGAAAGAGGAUUUCCCGGGCCUCCAGGAAGAUGUCUUUGCGGAACCCCGCUGAAUGUGAACAACCCUUCGUACGGGGAAUCCAUGUAUGGGCCCAACUCCCCGAGAGUUCCUGCGAUUUUUGUGGUCAACAACCAGGAGGAGCUUGAGAGGCUGAACACCAGAAAUGCCAUUGCCUUCCGCAAAGACCAGAGAUCUCUGUACUUCAAGGACAGCCUGGGCUGGCUCCCCAUCCAGCUGACCCCUUUCUACCCUGUGGACUACACUGUAGACCAGCGAGGCUCCUGUGGGGAUGGGGUCCUGCAGCCCGGGGAGGAGUGUGACGACGGGAACAAUGAUGCCGGUGACGACUGCAUCAGCUGCCACCGGGCAUACUGUGGAGACGGUCACCGGCACAAGGGUGUGGAAGACUGUGACGGCUCUGACUUUGGCCACCUGACGUGCGAGACCUAUCUCCCUGGGUCAUACGGGGACCUGCAGUGCACCCCCUACUGCUACAUCGACUCCACACCCUGCCGCUACUUCACCUGAGGAUACCAGGAGGUGGGCUGCAUCGCACGCACCUGCAGCAGCUUCUCCACCCUCACUAAACUGACCUAGCACCUGCCUGGUCCAGUGUCACCACCUUCAUCCGACGAAAACAAGGACAAACUCUUGCUGCUAAGACAUGCUUUUAACUCAGUCCGACUGGAAGACCUCAAGACCACUGCAUCCUGUCUUAAUCCAAAGUACUGGAAAACUUCCCCCAUGCCCAGCCUGGGGCCUGUGACCCAUCGCUCCCGUCAGGCCAGUAGCCGACCCUCAGGGCCUGCUGUCCUCCCCAGGCCGAGAACUGGCUUAGCCCUGUCAGAUAUGCGUGGAACUGAGGGCCAUUUGUUCUCAUCCCAUCGGGGCAUCCGGGGUGUCUGGGGCCCGGGCCUCUCCACCCCUCUGACCUCUGGAAACGCCGGCAUUCUCGCCAGGGCAUCCAGCCACCGGGUCUCUCCAUGCCCGUGAACCACACAGCUGGGAAGGGGGCCUGUUGUCUCAGCAUGGCUCUGGACCCAUCGAGGGACCCCUCAACUAGCCACAGCGCAGUCUAGCCUUGUGGGCACGGGUUCCCCAGCAAUAGGCCCACUCGUGAAAAAGUGCUGAGAAAGCCGCCGAACCUACGCUCAGGCCCGGGGGUGGGCUGAGGUACAGCCGGCAUGCCUGCCCUGCUGGCAGCAGUGGGGCCGCAGCUCCCAUUCUUUGAGUUUCUCAAAGGGUGACACUCGUGGUUUUGCCACACUGGGCUCCAGUUUGACCUCGUGGCUCUCUGUGGUUUGACCUCCAUCUCACGAAUGCCCCUAGUGUCAGUUUCUGAUUCAGGAGAUUCGCUAGCAGAGGGUGACCUGGGUCCACGCCCCAGCAGGGCGAAGGAGGACCCUGCCCUGGGUGUCCCAUCCGGGACCCGCCAUCCUAGACAGAGACAGUUUCUGUUCUGAGCUCCAGCUCCCGGCUGCCUGCCAAUUCCUGUGAGCACCCUGUGACCCCCACGUCACUGUAGUGCGUAGCUGGUCCUCGUGUCUGUGUGUCCGAGCCCCCCCACCCCACAUGUCUACAGGGUCAUCAUGUCUGUGAGCUGCCUUUCAUCACAGCCUCUCCUGAAGGGGCCUCAGCUUUGUUUUGGAAAGACAUCUCCCCAACAGCGACCUCCAAUAGGAUUUUCCCAUUUGUUACCAGAGGCAGGACACUCCUGGGCUUUUGUACAAAGCUGUUUAAUGUGGCUAAGUCUUGGGGACUUAGGGGCCAUCGUGCUGUAGUAGAUGGGGUCAGCCUGAGGGUGCUGUCAUCAGAGGUGGGCACAUUGGUCAGCCUGGCUUCCUCAGCCUCCACUGCAAGUCGGGGGGCAAUGCUGCUCCCACGUAAAGCCACCACCUUCGUGCUGGGAUCUCCGGUACGAGGUCCAGAAAUAAAGGCAGU